UAUCAGAAAGUGUGUGUGUGUGCAUGUAUGUGGCUUGGCUCAUCAUCAUCAUCAUCAUUAUCAAAAUAAAUAAAUAAGUGUCAAAAAAAAAGUGCAUUAUUACUCAUUUACACCUAUAAUAAUAAUAUUUAGGUAUAAUUGGCUGAUGAAUUGAUGAUAAAAAAAAAAUUGAUUAAAUAGAGUGAUAAUAACUGGAUGGAUGAUAGUAGUCUAGAUUCAGCGGACGAGUAUACAAGUCUGAUGGAUGCUCACGUAUCUGAAAGUCGCAUUGACAAUUCUAGUCAUGUUAAUGAAAGAGCAAAAAAAAGACGUCAAAAAGUACCAGAAAAUCAAGAAAAUUCAACUAACAAUAUUCCAGAAGUAAGAAUUGAAACACCAGGUUCAUCAUCAUUAUUUGGUGGUGGUAAUGGUGGAUCAAGAAGAACAAAUGAUCAAGAAACAAGACAAAAUUCUCAUUAUCAACAACAACAACAAGAUGAUGAAGAAGAAGAAGAACUUAAAUAUGGAGCUGCUCAUGUUAUAAAAUUAUUUGUACCUGUUUCAUUGUGUAUGCUGGUUGUUGUUGCAACAAUAAGUUCAAUAAAUUUUUAUACAACAAAAGGUGUAUAUUUAGUUUAUACACCAUUUCAUGAUGAAACAGCUGAUACAAGUACAAAAGUAUGGCAAGCUGUUGCAAAUUCAUUGAUACUUAUGUGUGUUAUUGUCUGCAUGACAAUUGUACUUAUAAUAUUAUAUAAAUAUAGAUUUUACAAAGUAAUACAUGGAUGGUUAAUAUUAAGUUCAUUAAUGUUAUUAUUUAUGUUUACAACACUUUAUUGUGAAGAAGUAUUUAAAGCAUAUAAUAUACCAAUGGAUUUAAUAACAUUAUUAAUAUUUUUAUGGAAUUUUGGUGCUGUUGGAAUGAUAUGUAUACAUUGGCAAGGUCCAUUAGCAUUACAACAAGCAUAUUUAAUAUUUAUUGCUGCAUUAAUGGCACUUGUAUUUAUUAAAUAUUUACCAGAUUGGACAGCUUGGGUUGUACUUGGUGUUAUUAGUAUUUGGGAUUUAAUUGCUGUAUUAACACCAAAAGGACCACUUAGAAUACUUGUUGAAACUGCACAAGAAAGAAAUGAACCAAUAUUUCCAGCUUUAAUAUAUUCAUCAACAAUAAUGUAUAGUUUUUCAAUGACAUAUGCUGCUGGUUAUGUUGGUGCAAUAACAAUGGCAAAUAGUGAUGAUAAUAAUAGAAAUGUCGCUAGUGGUGAUGAAACUGGUUUUACAUCUGAUUGGGUUAAUAAUCAUGCUAAUCGUAGUGCACAAAGAGCUCAACAAAUUAAUCAAAUUGAUAAUCAAACAACAUCUCGUUCCAAUGAAAUACGUCCAGUAUCAUCAAUAAAUAAUCAAUACAAUCAAGAAUCAUCAAUGUUGUCUGAAGAAGAUCGUGGUGUUAAAUUGGGUCUUGGUGAUUUUAUAUUUUACAGUGUUUUAGUAGGUAAAGCAUCAAGUUAUGGUGAUUGGAAUACAACACUUGCUUGUUUUGUUGCAAUUCUCAUUGGUCUAUGUUUGACAUUAUUAUUAUUAGCUAUAUUUAAAAAAGCACUUCCAGCUCUUCCAAUUUCAAUAACAUUUGGUCUAAUAUUUUAUUUUGCUACACGUGUCAUUGUUGCUCCAUUUGCCGAUAGUUUAGCCAGUGAACAAGUAUUUAUUUAAAUUUUUUUUUUUUUUUUUUUACAAUAUUUAUUUUUAUUAUUAUCAUCAUCAUCACUUACUCACUCUUGUACUAACAAAUUACGUUGUAAAUAUGUACAACAAUAAAAAAUUAAAAAAUUAAAAAAUUAAAUAUA